AUGUAUAAAUUAAAUACAAUACAAGGACAUUCAUUUUUUAAUUUCUAGGCUCCAUUAAAUUACUUUUCAAAAAGAAAACUCUUUUAACUGGCUAAUGAAAUAAAACCAAGAAAAAGAGAUUCUCUAGGUAGAGUAAUACUUUCCUCAUCUCUACCAAAAGGAUUCUGGUUUAGAGAUUAUGAUUAAGUUAGAGUAGUUAAUAAAAAAUUAAGAGAAAAUCGUCCUAAUAAUCAUAGAAUACAGAAUCCCAUUUAUUUUAAGAGAAAAGAUAUUCAAGAUUAUUUAUUACACUACACAAAUAAAGCAAGUACACCUGAUCCAUCUAGAAAAUGGAGAAAAUAUCGUAAUUUAAUAUUAGAAAAUAAUAAUCAUGUUUAAAUGUCAAGAGAGUAAAUAAAAUAAAAAUUUUAAGACACUCUUAAUUUAUUAAUUCCUAAUAAAUAAUCAUCUCCUCCAAAAAGUCAACGUGGAUCAUUUAUGUAUUCGUAAUAAUAAUAAUGUUUAUUUGAUAUUCGAACAAGUUAACCAUCCAAAAUUAAACAUAUAAGUAGAUAAGUAUCAAAUAGAAAAGACGAUAGUGUAGGAUCAUUAGAUAGACAUUUUUAAGAUAUUAAUUGUGAAUAAAGCAAUUUUAAUCAUUCCUAUAUACAAGAUAAAAUAAUUUCAUCAAAUUAAAUUACUCCUAGAAAUAGAUUCUUCAAAGAUUGUUUCAGAUUAUAUGGAAUAGAUUCUUAAAUAUAAGCACCAAAAAAUAAAUUGAUUUUUACUGAUUCUGUAUAAUUAGUAGAAUCUUUGGAGACUAGAUGUGAUAAAAAUGAAGGUAUUUAAAGUUAUCGUGAAAAAUCUAAUUAAAAGUAGAAUAAUUUAUUAAAUUUAAUUAAGAAGUAAAGAUAAAAGAAUUUAUAAACUAAUAAGAUAGUAUCUCCAAAAUAUACUAAAUUAAACACAUCAAACCAUAAAGAUAAUAAAAUUGUUAAUAUUUAUUUUCCAUCUCUCAAAAAAAUUAAUGUAAGAGAUCUUUCUUGA